AUGAAAGCUAAAGCUAAUGAGAAAUCUGAAAAUACUCCUCAGUCAAGUAAAGCUUCUGGGAAAUUACCAUCAAAGCAAAAAAAGCCUGCAACUUCUUCGCAUCAAUUACAUUCUUCACAUUGCACUGUAGCACAUCCUGGACAUUCACUCAUUCAGUAUGCAUUAAUGAUUGAUGCGGGUUCUACAGGUUCUCGUAUUCAUGUUUACAGAUUUAAUUAUUGUAAAUCAUCACCAGAAUUAGAGGAUGAAGUAUUUGCUCACAUUGAACCUGGUCUUUCUGCAUAUGCUGAUGAUUCUGAUGCAGCAGCGAGAAGUUUAGAUGAAUUGUUAAAAGUUGCACUUGAAAAUGUUCCCAAAGAAUUGCAUAAUUGUACACCAGUGGCAGUCAAGGCUACUGCUGGUUUACGAUUAUUAGGAACCAAAAAAAGUGAGCAUAUAUUAGAAGCUGUUAGAAAUCAUUUAGAAAACAAAUACCCUUUUCAAAUAAUUGAAAAUGAUGGUGUGGUAAUUAUGGAUGGCAAAGAUGAAGGUGUUUAUGCAUGGAUUACAGUUAAUUAUUUAUUGAAUAAAGUUGGCGCAAAAAAUAAAUCACCCACAGCUGCAAUUUUUGACCUUGGAGGUGGCUCAACUCAAAUAGUUUUUGAACCUGGAUCACUAGAUGGUUAUGAGGUUGCACCUGGAGAACAUAGAUAUGAAUUAGAAUAUGGUGGACAUAAAUAUAUUUUAUAUCAACAUUCUUAUUUACAUUUUGGAUUAAUGGAGGCAAAAAAAGCAAUUAUAAGUUUCAUGGUAAAAUUAUGGAAUAAUAGUAUUGAUGGUAUCAAGAAUGAUUUGAUUUCUGAUAUAUCUCUUAGUUAUGAUGGAAAUCUUAAAGAUGAAUUUUAUAUUCCACAUACUUGCUUACCAAAAAAUUAUUCAGAAUCAUGGCAAAUUGAUAUUGAUAAUGAUGAUGACAAUUCAGUUAAACUCAUUGGUACAGGUGGUGGACAUGUUCAGUGUAGGCCAUUAGGAAUGCUGUCAGAAUUUACAUUAAAAGAACUUUGUGAUCUUACUGAUCAAGUUUGUUCAGGAAAUUAUAAAAGAUUCUCUUAUUUACCAGAAGCUGUAAAGGAACUUAAAAAGAAUCCAUAUUAUUGCAUGAACUUAUCAUUUAUUUAUGAACUUUUACAUACUGGUUAUGAAAUACCUCUGGAAAGAGAAAUAAAAAUUGAAACUGGAUGGUGUCUUGGAGCAUCAAUAGCAAUGCUAGAUCAAAGCUUUUGGUGUAAAGAGUUCUAA